ACGAGGCUUACGAGCAUGUAAUUUCGGUCACUCCAUCAUGUAAUCGCGCUCCGAAGAUAGCUAUGUCACCUGGGGCCGAUCGUCUCUCUCACUUCCGUUUGUAUCAAUCAGACCUUGCACCACAGGCACUUCACACAGUGCUCCGCCUGCAAAAGCGCUCCUCUUCUUUACACAGACAUCUCACAAGACUUGAUCAUCGUCCUUUGGUACCAACUCAACUUCCCAACCAUGUUCCUAUUCCGCCCCACUAUCAUCCUCAGCUUCCUCGUGGCAGCCACUUUCUUCAGCACCGCCAUGGCUGGCAGGAAGAAGCGCAGCUGCGAUAGCUGCAAAACCUCCUUGCACAAGUGCGAAAAGGUCUGCGAGGAUUUCUACAAGGAUCCUACUGCGUACGCGCUCUGCGCUCAGCACACGUGCGUCUGCGAGGUCGGCAAGGAUAAAUUCUGUCGCAAUUCUUGCAGUAUCGGAGGCGCUGGUUCGUUGUGCUUCUAUUGAGUGGCUAAUCAGGUUGGGAUCCUGGUUUUAGAAGACAUGAGGGCAUUGAGUGGUAUCGGUUAGGCUGACAGGACUUUCCUGGUUGACCCGCGGGAUGAGAAUGUCUUCGUUGGUGCAUUGGAAUCUGCCUGUUCUGAAUUGUAAGGACUUUGGCAUAUGCGCGUUGUGAACGACAUGUGCGUCGACAUCUCACUUACAUCCUCUGGGGUUGAACAUAUUCACUGAUUCCUUGCAAUAUUACUGAUUGAUAC